UUGAGUGGUGAAAUCCCGGGGUUCUGAAUUCGGAUUUCGGAUUCACUUGCAAAACCCUCUGCUUCUCCCUCCUCCCUUUGCGCCUUUUAUCCUCGUUUGAUUUUCCUGAGAAAUGCCUCCAGAAGAUUCAACGGCCGUGAAGGUUGAGAAUCAAGAAGAGGAAGAGGACAAGAAGAGUUUGGGUUCCAAAAAGGCCAUCAAGGCCACGAUUGCAAAUGCGAAGCCCCACACCAAGACUGCAAAAGUGAAGAAGGAGGAACCUGAAGCAGAUGAUUCUCCAAUACCCGUUAAGGCUGCUAGUUCCGCGUCUCGCUCCAAGCAACCUAAAGUCAAAAAGGAAGAGCCUGAAGACAGCGCCGACGACGAUGACAUUCCACUUGCCAAACGGAGCUCCACAGUGAGCCUCAAAAAGUUCUAUGUUCUAGUUCAUCAAAGGUUUGUAUCACCAAGCCAAAUUAAAAUUAAUGGAUGUGACUGUUUGGGGCAAAAGGAACCGAAGAAGAAGAAUAAGAUAAAAGAGGAAGGGAAGAAGAAAGGUGAGCCUGCUAGCGAGCAGAAGAAACAAAGGAAGGUCUACGAUUUACCUGGGCAGAAACGGGAUCCGCCGGAAGAGAAAGACCCCCUGAGGAUUUUUUACGAAACUCUGUACAAGCAAGCUCCCGAUAGCGAAAUGGCACAGCUGUGGAUGAUGGAAUCUGGUUUGCUUCCUGAGGAAUUGGCAAUGAAAGUGUAUGAAAAGAAGCAAAAGAAAGGUUUGCAGAGCAAGUUGAGUUCGCCAUUGAAGGCAGCAACUUCAGUGAAGAGCCGCAGCCAAUCCGUAACAGUGAAGAAGAAAACACGAUCCACCCCUGUGCCUUGUGUAGUAAAUAAGAAAGCGGCCUCCACACAGAAGCAAUCCAAGAAGCGGAAAGUGAAGGAUGACUCUGACACUGACUCUGACUCCGCCGACGAGCUUAUAUUACCCAGAGCCAAGAAAAGGAAACAGGCCUAGUUGUUCCGGUAAUUGGCAUGUUGACGAAACUUUUCUCUUACAUUCGAUUUAAAUCUUAGACAAUUGUAAUGUGAUUGACACUAUGGUUUUAUAUCUGCGAAUGGGGUUGACCACUUUCUUAGAUAAA